UGUGGCGGGAAUUCAAUCCCCGACAAACAGUUUGGGCUCCCCGUCGCCUCCUGUCACACAAAUAACAAUGGUGGACGGUCAUUCGAUACUGGUGUGUGCAGAAAAUCAAAGGAACCACCAGUGGGGGUGCAUACUGCGACAACAUUUUGUUGUUUUUCACUCUCAAUCAUGCGUUUCACUCAAUAUUUAUAAAUACUAAUCUGGUCCGUUAUGUAAACUAUAACAAUAUUGUAUCAUACAGAGUUGACAUUUAUCAGCCAAGGAUAAGUAUACUACCCCCGGUAAAGCAUCAAAAUGGAUUACACGUCGAAGGAUUUGAGCAAAUUCGAAGUCAUAAAACAUGAGCUGGACAGCAUCAAAGAGCAGGAGGAGCACCUCAUGGAAAACUUCCUACAGAUUAGCAGGCGCAUUCAGAGAGCGGCAUCGUCCCCACUUCCGGUCCCUCGACUACUUCCGGAUCAGGCCUUUAUCUGUAGACAUGGUCACAUCAACUGUCUGGGGUUGUACGGAAAUAAGGAGGACUCAAUGAAUUGGAGACUUGCUACACCAACAGAGAUAUUGUCAAAAUCCUUGAAAAAUCUCGAAGAAAUCAUAAGCUCCCUUGAAGACAUGAGUAUUAGAGAGUCUUCAGACGUUUCUUGCUUAGGCCACGACUCUGACUGAAUUCACUCUGUUUCUAAACAAAAGUUCCUUGUAACUUAACCAAAGGUCCAAUAUGUUCAUCUC